CGGAUGAAGUAAUUCGAAUCGGAAAGAAAAAUCGGGUUUACUCCUUCUUUCAUCGGUGGAAAUCAAGUUCUGUCGAUAUGUCUACCGUUGCGGAAUUUCUGAGGUUGCUUGGGGGUUCCGAAGCAACCCAGGACCUCGAGCGCCGAGGUAUGCUUACGUCAUUGUACGACGAGCACUUACGCCGCCACCUGACGCCGGUCAUUCUGGAACCUUCCGGCAACGACGGUGUCACGGCGUUCCCCGAUAGCGACGGCGAAUGGGAUGGCAUGGAAGAAGAAGAAGAGGAAGAAGAAGAAGAAGAAGAAGAGGAAGAGAUGUCGAGGUUGGAAAUCCACUUUGACGGGGGAGAGUUGAUGAAUAUUGUGAUGGUGACGGAGGAUGAGCUGCGGGAUCUACAACUGAGGGUGACGAGGGCUCGAGAAGCGGCGAUUGACAAGUCGUUGACGGAGGUUGGGGCCGCUUGGGAAGAAGGCCUGGAGUGCUGCGUUUGUUUGGACGAGAUCUGUGGCGGGCCUGGCGGGGAGGCCCACGAAGAAGAAGCCAGGCCCAAGAGGACGCCGUGCGGCCAUGUUUUCCAUGGAGACUGCAUCCGUCACUGGUUGAAGGUCGGCACCGAGACUUGUCCUGUCUGUAGGUUUCAGAUUUUGCCGUCGCAGCCGAAUGCUGCUUGAACUUUGUAUUUAGCUUUAAUUAUGAAUGUAAAAAUUAUGUCGCGUAGUAAGCAAAACUCGAGGCUUCUUGAUUUUAUUUUUAAUUAAUAAUCUCUUCACAU